AUGCAGCAGCGCCGCGACGAGAUUCUGGCCAAGAAGGCGAAGCUCGCCGAGCUCAAGCGCCAGCGCGAGCUCCGCCAGCGCGAGUUCACCGCCAGCCGCCAGAGCACCAGCGAGGGCUCAGAGCUAGUGUCGCCCACCCCAAGCCGCGCUGACAGCAGACGCGAACUAGACAACCUGAUCCAGAGCCUGGUGGGAGAGGGCCGCCCCGGCUCCGCGGGAGCAAGAGACCCUUCUUCCCCAGCUGGGACAAGGGGCAGCAGGCCGACGUCUGUUGUCAGCACCAGCCAGUUGUCUAGCGUUGCUGAUACUCUCGACACUACGAGCUCACCACCUACUGCGGCAACUCCGGUUCCGCAAAUGCUGUCCAUUGCCCCUCUCACGACCGUUUACGAAGAGACGUCCGAUUCCAAGCACGAAAUCAUCACGUACAGCAAGGGUGUCCAGACAUCCGAACCCUGGACGCCUCCGCAACGACGCCCGUCCGAGUCGGAACCAGAGGACGAGCCAUGGGGAUCACCGUCCAAGAAGAACAGGGCUAGCAAGAGGUUGAGCAGGCGCGAACGAGAGAGGGAUGAAGAGCUGCGGCAGAACAUCCGCAAAGAGAUUGAGGAGGAGCUCAAGGCCCUACAAUCUCUAGGUGCUGACGGAGAAGCAGCGGCUGCAGCACCGGCCGAGCCCAAAUUCCCCUCGCGGACCCUGGACGAUGAGGAGUUGAAUGCCGUCACCUCCUCGGACACAUUCCUGGACUUCGUUGAACGCUCCACCAAGGUCAUUGAAAGGGCGCUGGACGAGGAGUAUGAUCUUCUCGCUGAUUACGCAUUGGGCGCACUGGACGACAUUGACGAAGAUGAUGACGGCUUUACGAGAGGCAAGAAGGGCAGGCGGGUACGGGAAAUUGUGCAGUUUUACGACGAGCGAUGGAGCAAGAAGCGUAUGAUUAGUGACCUGAGCUUCUCGCCAAAGUUCCCUGAGCUGGUUCUGGCCGCGUACACGAAGAACCCUUCAGCACCCCACGAUCCGGAUGGUCUCGUCCAAGUCUGGAAUCUGCACAUGCACGACCGCCCCGAAUACAUCUUCCAUGCGCAGUCUGAUAUCUUGACCGCGCAGUUCUCACCUUUCCACCCAAAUCUCAUCAUUGGUGGCGCCUACAGCGGUCAGGUGCUCUUGUGGGACACACGAGCUAAAUCCACGCCUGUCCAAAAGACACCACUCACAGGGUCCGGACAUACUCACCCCGUCUACUCCAUUGACAUUGUUGGCACCCAAAACGCCAACAAUAUCAUUUCCUGCUCGACCGAUGGUGUCGUCUGCGGCUGGACCGUGGACAUGCUCUCACAACCCCAAGAAUAUCUCGAACUCACCACGCCGCCGCCUGCAAAGACUGAGGACAUGGCGCCGACGUGCAUAGCUUUCCCACAAGCCGACCCGACCUACUUCCUCGCUGGUUCGGAGGAAGGCUCCAUCUAUCCAUGCCAUCGGUACGACCGCGCCGGUGCCAAAGCCGGUGUCGACACGCGUGUUGCCUACCGUGGUCACGCAGCCCCCGUCAUGUCGUUGGACUUCCACCCUGCGCGUGGCCCCAUCGAUCUCGGCGACUUGGUGUUGUCUUCCAGUCUCGACUGGAGUGUCAGACUGUGGAAGGUGCGGCCUCCAGCGGCGACAGCGACUAUCAGUGUGGCCGGGGCUCCACAAGCGCAAACCCCGCUGCACGAAUUUGUGCGCGAAGACUUGGUCUACGACGCCCGCUGGAGUCCGGUGCACCCAGGUGUCUUCGCGCUCGUCGACGGCGCGGGAAGCCUGGAGGUGUGGGACAUCAACGUCGACGUCGAGGUGCCAGUGGCCAAGACGACACCCAGCGACAAGACAGGCCGCAGCUUCAUGGCAAGGAGUCUAAACAAAUUGGCUUGGGAGCCGCAUGAGGGCAAGAGGAUCGCAACGGGCGGUCUGGACGGUGUGGUGAGCGUGUUCGAAGUCGGCAGCGAGCUGGGUGGACUUGACGGUGUGAGAGCAGAGGAGUGGGCGGGCGUCAAGAAGUGGGUGCAGCGACUGGACCUCACUCAAGCGCCGAACGGAGUCAACGGGACUAGAUAG